AAGUACAGUCCAAAGUAAAGUGCUACUGCAGAUAGCUGUGCAGAUGAUACGGUUAUUAUCUACAAUAUUGCCUUGGUUAGGCUUCUUUCUUGUGCGGGAAGCAACUUGUGAUGACUCAGACCAAGAGGCUACAUUACAACUGUUACUCAAUUCGUCUCCAGUAACACGGCUUGUCUCCGGUUUCAAGCUAACAUUGGAGUGUGAUAUUGCCGGUGGAGCGAAAUCGAUUAAUUGGUUUCAAAACGACGAAAAGUUAACAGUCUACGAAGAGGUAUCCAAAACGAAAGUGGAAUCAAAUGAUGAACUCAUCGAAAAGAUGAAAAUAUCACUGAUAACGAACAACGAUAACAAUGACCCGGUGGAUAAUCAAUUUAAGUGUCAAGGGAUGACAUCGGACGAGACAAAUUUCAAUUCCAACAGUAUUCUUCUUCGAGUGUUUCCUGCUAAAACUACAAAGGCUCCUGCCGAUAAUGAACAUACUUAUGAGGAUGAGUCUCACGAGCUUGUGUGUCAGUUCCCAGACAGUGAUGUGGUGACUAAGUACACUGUAUCGUGGGAAUUUAAUAUACAAAGUAUGGUGGAUCAAACCUGGUACACAAUUGACACCAAACAAACUGAUCUUGCUGAUGGAGAUGCAGUCAUCGAAACUAUUUUUAAGAUAACCAAGGUAGAUGCAGGAGCCGACGGAAAGUACUCUUGUUCCGUAACCUGGGAAAAUGGAGUUGUCAUUAGUUCUGGAGAAAUAACACUGGCAGUGCGAUUAAUAUCAGAUACUACAGAAGCAUUCUCCAUGUCCUCUGGAUUCCCUGCAAUGUUCAUGUGCUCCGCAGUAGGUGACAAAGUUGCUGCCAUAACAUUUUCAAUUACAGAUGCAGUUACAGAAAAUUCACGUGAUGUAACAGUGGUGGUAACAGAAUCCCAUGAUGAUCAACAAAGAGUUACCACAGUUGGGAAUUUUGACCUCAGUCAGCUCACAGCUAGCUCUUUUAUUAAUUGUGCUGUUCAGUGGGAUGGUGAUGCAAUCAUUCUUAAAUCCAACCCAAAUCUUGUGACUGUCAUGUUAGUCGAUAUCACCGAUAAAGGGGUCGGAAAAAAGAGAUCUGAUGGAUGGGUUGCUGAAAAGGUGUAUCUGGAGCUUAAGUGUAUAGCUGAUGUGCAGCUACCUUCAGGUUUAUGGGUGGAUCCUAUCCCUGAUUUUGAAUGGAUGCUACGUACAGAAAAAUCAUCUGAGUGGGUUAAAAUUGUGGACAGCGAUGAUAUCGAAUUUACGAUCAAGAGUUCGAAAACGUAUGGCGACAGACUUAUGAGUGCUCUAACUCUUGGCCCAAUACAGAUUGGACACAAUAAAUACGAUGUAAAAUGUAACGUCGACUAUCACAGCAAUGCUGGGCGAAAAUUUCAGGGAGGAAAGGUAUCAUCAGAGGAAUUUGAAGUUAAAGUGAUGCACAUCAAGUCUUUCUUGGUUGUCUCUGAUGACACCAUCGUUGUGGGCGAGGAUUUUGAUCUUGUAUGCUUGGCUUAUGGGCCUCCUGAUUCCAAAAAGGAGAUCGAAUUGUUAAACAAUUCAGAGGGCAAAUUCUAUCAUUUCUACACUAAAGUGUAUGACGGGGACGGGGAGAAUUACCGCGAAGAUUUCACAGUGAACGCAGAAUAUGUUGUAUUAGAUGGGGCCAAUCUCACUUGCCAGGUCAGAUUGGAACUUGAAGAUUACUCAUUUAACGUAAGUAAAUCGUUACUAGUGAAAUCAUACUACGAUUGCACCAAAGCUCCGAUAUCGUCCUUCGACACAUUACCGGGAAUGUCAAUUGAGUACACAGAUAACGAAGGGGACCGAACAGCUAAAGUUAUUUGUCCUGAUGAUAAUGUCCACGGGAAAUACAUAAUAGAUGGCACCGAUUACGUCAAGGAGGAAUCAUUUUGCUCAAAGCGCACUGGCGCCUACGAACCACCUCAACUUGCAUCGUGCAAAUUUGUGUAUCCCUUCGUUUAUGGAACGUAUGAGCAAGUUUGGGAUCUUCAAAAAGCUGAUUUCACGGUUUGCGAAUAUGAAGACACUAAUGAAGACUACUACUACUCUUCAACGCAAAUAUGGAAAAAUUUAGUUACAAGAUCAGAUAAAUGUGGUACUCACAUAGUGGUACCAUGUCUUAAAACUAACGAAUGCACGUUAGUGGAUGUAAGAGGGAAAACUGGUUGUCGCUGGAACAAUGAGACAAAAGCACUAACCAUCUUUUACACAGUGAAACUAACAAAUAAAGUGUGGACAGAAAAAGAAAGGGACGCUCUUGUAAACUUGCCUUUGAUUGACUACCGGGGCGUGCCUUUGGCUGUAGAAAUAAAGAUUCCGUUUUAUGAUUGUUCUGGGGCUGAAUGGAGAUCCCGGAUCAAUUAUCUCGGUAGGAUGGAGUUUGAUGCUGAUUCCGAUACGGUCAUUCAUAUUGAAAGAAAAAAAGGAAAAAGCCUCACUGGUCUGUACAUUGGUAUCGUUGUAGCGAUUUUAUUGGCAAUUGGGGCAGCUAUAGUCGUAUAUUACAGAAAGGCGCUAAUAGGAAGACUCAGGAAUUAAACAGGAAUCAGUGUAAACACCAAGAACUCAAGAAUUGUGUGAGCGGUAGGGAGACAACCUUGAGCUUAAAGU